AUGGCCUCCCUUACACCGACGACGAUGAUGGAUGCUCUCUCAACCUUGCCGCCGGCCCAUUGGUGCCAGAUAUUCUUCGGGCUCUCAACAGCAGUAGUGUUGGCCAUCCAGGUAGUGCCAAAGACGACCCAGCGUCUUCUUCUCGACUACGGCGCCCGCUCGCCGGCUACUACCACCGACACCAACGACCGGACCAAGGAGCCCACUGGUCCCAAAAGAUUGGACUUCUUCACGCAAGCCGCCAAAGCUGUGACUUCCUUUGGUCAAAUUCCACACGCGUGGUUCAUGCACUUCUACGUCGCGUCCGUUGCAGGUUCGGCUUUCUGGGCAUGGCAGUAUUUUCAAAGCGGUUCAGUCAUGGCCAUCAUCUCUGGCCAGCAGGCGGCUUCGGACGGCCCGGUUGUGAGCUUCGAGCAGACAGUGCUCGUCUGGACAUUGAUGGCGCUGCAAGGCACGAGGAGAUUGUACGAGUGUCUCUUCGUGAUGAGACCGGGGUCUUCUAGGAUGUGGUUCGUUCAUUGGCUGCUUGGAUUGGGUUUCUAUCUCUGCAUGAGUGUAUCCGUCUGGGUUGACGGCUCAGGUGAGGACCGUCAUUUCCCACUCUCAGAUACACACUCACCUUUCCCAGCCGCCUUGAGGCAAGAAGCAAGGCCAAACUUGGAAGGUCUUCUGUCACCUGGGGUCGCCGCUGGGACCGUCGCGUACCUCUACGGAUGGUCUAAUCAGCAUAAAUGCCACAAACACUUGGCCAGCCUCAAGAAGUAUUCAUUGCCGGAGGAGGGCCUUUUUCGGUAUCUCAUCUGCCCUCAUUACACUUGCGAAUGCCUGAUCUAUUUGGGCCUUGCCAUGAUAGCCGCACCAAAGGGCUACAUGGUAAACCGCACCCUCAUGGGUGCUUUGUGGUUCAUUGUCGCCAAUUUAGGCACAACGGCAGAUGGGACCAAGCAGUGGUACGCGCAGAAGUUUGGUGCUGAGAAGGUCGCCAGUAAAUGGAGGAUGAUACCCUUUGUCUUUUAG